CGUAUACAUACAAACAUACAAUUCCAUAUACUAUAUGACCUUACACACAAAAACUUAUUGAAGAAGAAAAGUGGAGAGGGUGUGAGAGGACAAGAAAUGGCAAGAACCCAUUUCAUUUUUCUUCUUCUUCUGGCUCUUUUAUCAAAAACAUCGGCAUCAUCAUCAUCAUUGCCUUCAAGAGAGCAAGAGAAUGACAGGAUCAAAGCACUUCCAGGGCAACCAAAAGUGACAUUCUCACAAUACUCAGGCUAUGUCAAUGUAAAUGAAUCUCAUGGCCGCUCUCUCUUUUAUUGGCUCACUGAGUCAAAUUCUCCUCACACCAAACCCCUUCUUCUCUGGCUCAAUGGAGGACCAGGCUGCUCGUCGGUUGCUUAUGGAGCUUCAGAAGAAAUUGGACCAUUCCGUAUCAACAAAACCGGUUCCAACCUCUUUCUCAACAAGUUUUCAUGGAACAAAGAUGCAAACCUCCUGUUUUUGGAAUCACCGGUCGGUGUUGGAUUUUCUUACACAAACACAAGUUCCGAUCUUAAAAAUUUCGGAGACGAACAAACAGCUCAAGACAAUUUGAUAUUUCUUAUCAAAUGGUUGUCAAGGUUUCCACAAUACAAAUAUAGAGAUUUCUACAUUGCUGGUGAAAGUUAUGCUGGUCACUAUGUACCGCAGCUAGCCAAAAAGAUACAUGACUACAACAAAGCUUUCUCAAAACCCAUCAUCAAUCUCAAAGGAUUCAUGGUAACUAAUAAAAAGGGUCUUUCUAGCUCAAAUCUAAAAAUAUGGGUUACAUUUAUGAUUAACCAAAGAUCGUUAUUUAUCAAGGUGGGGAACGCAGUGACGGACAAUGAGUACGACAGCAUAGGAACCGUAGCUUACUGGUGGACCCACGCAAUAAUUUCCGACAAAACCUACAAGUCAAUCCUCAAAAACUGCAAUUUCACGGCUGAGAAAGUUUCCGACGACUGCGACAGGGCCGUUAACUACGCCAUGAACCACGAGUUCGGUGACAUUGACCAAUACAGCAUUUACACUCCAACGUGCGUGGCCUCGAAACAGAAGAAGACUGGUUUCUUACGUAUGAAAAACACACUCUUGCGUAGACGACGGUCUGGUUACGACCCUUGCACGGAGAGCUACGCAGAGAAGUAUUAUAACCGUCUUGAUGUUCAGAGAGCUAUGCAUGCUAAUGUCACUGGGAUUCGCUAUAAAUGGACAGCAUGCAGUGAUGUUCUGAUCAGGAACUGGAAAGACUCCGACAAGACGAUGUUACCGGUUUACAAGGAACUGGCAGCAGCUGGUUUGAGGAUCUGGGUUUUCAGUGGUGAUACAGAUUCGGUGGUACCAGUGACGGCGACACGAUUUUCCCUAAGCCAUCUCAAUCUCCCGGUGAAAACUCCUUGGUACCCUUGGUACUCCGGUAACCAGGUGGGAGGAUGGACGGAGGUAUACAAGGGACUGACCUUUGCAACAGUAAGAGGGGCGGGGCACGAGGUGCCUUUAUUCGAACCAAAGCGUGCUCUCAUUCUUUUCAAAUCGUUCUUGGCCGGAAAAGAGCUUCCAAAAUCUUAUUAGUAACCUAAAAACAUAGAGUAAGAGAAAAUAUCUCCAACAAGCACAAUCCAGCUACCAGAUUAGGAUCCAAUUCCGAGUAAACUCGGAGUUAUUGUUUUUUUUCUUCUUCUAAUUUCUGUUUUAAAGCUUUGAUUCAUUUCCACAAUUUGGAAAUCACAAAACGAUUUAAGAAUAUUCAAGGAAUUGUUUAUAAGUUAAAGAAGUACAAGGGUUUCAAAUA